UGAGUUAGACAUUUUAGAGUUCGGCACAGGAGUUCGGAUCGGAAUUUCUUUCGGUCUAGUUGAGAUUUCAUGAAUUAUUUCUAUCUUCACAAUUUUUCUACUAAAAUUUUUAUAUGAAGUCUAAAAUACUGAAAUAACUAGCUUUUUUCGAAGACUAGGACUUACGGCUGAAUACAAUACUUCAAAAUGCCACCGCCCAAAGGGAAAGCCCCUACCAAAGGUGCUAAACAAAUUUUAAUGGAAAACUCUGCCACAGUGAGUUUCUACAGGAAUAUGGCGGUCGGUGCAGGGGUGUUCCACGUGCUUCUUCUGAUUUGUGUCUAUGCUGAUAGUGUGACACCUUUCAAUAUUUGCAUGAAUGUGUUAGUGAUUUCACUGAAUGCAACAUGCUACCACCUGAUGAGGAGCAUGAGCCAACCGAAGUAUACUGACAACAAUCAGUUAAUUGAUCCUGGACUUGAUCUUAAUAUGGAAGGCGGCAUGGGCGAACAUAUCAAGGAUGUGGUUAUUCUCACAUCAAUCACUCAUAUCCUGGCAAUCAUUACUAACUACUUCUGGCUGCUCCUGAUAUUCAUGCCCAUUAGAGCCUUCUGGUUAUUGUGGAAGCACAUACUCGGACCAUGGUUUUUCCAAGAAGCUCCUCAAGACACUGAGCAGGAUGAGAAGAAAAGGAAGAAAAUGGAAAGGAAAAUGAAGAGGUACCAACAAUAAGUUUAUACUUACAUGACUGUAAAUUUUAUAUUAUUUAUUUAAGUAUAAAAAUUUGU